UCCAGAGGAGGCAAAAAAACAAGGAUCACAUCCGCCACUUCAAAGACCAGGGCUACCGGUUCGACGAAGAGUACCAGCAAUAAUAUUAAGGGUGGAGGAGGUCCUCGUGGUUCCGAUCGUGAUGCCAGUAAUCUGAAUAUGUGUCGACACUUCAUGGCGGGUCGUUGUUUCGUCAACCACUGUCGCUUUGCCCACAUUAUUUUCGGCGCAGACACUACUUCAGUCGCACCAUCCGGAACGUCGAGCGCAGUCAAGGGUGACCGCAACUCCCUCGCAUGCCAACCCGUUACAGCGGCGACGUCGGCCGCCCCUGGUCCGAACCUCCUGGGAGGACUUCAGCCUGCUGAUAACGUGGAUGCUUGCAUCCAUUUCCUUGGAGAUCGAUGCUUUGUCGCGGAUUGUCGCUUUCCGCAUAUUCGCUCUACGGACUUGGCGGCAUACAAGCGGGCUCGCGACUCGGGCAAGACCGCUGAUUUCUUGGCCGUAUUUGACCAGCGCAAGGGUCCCACCACACUGCGCAGACGCCAAAUUCGUCUGGAAAUGACUCCGCAAGAGGAGCGGCCGAAGGGUAGUCUGUGGGAUGUGAUUGAGGUGAACGAUUGGUUAGUUACCAUUGUGAAGAAGUACAAUCUGCGGGUGACCUCGCCCGCGGUGUGGUCGAACAUCGUGAAAGGCAUGUGCCAGCAGCGCAACGUGCGCCAGCAGCAGAAGAUUGUGCGCGUCUUCGAAGUCUUCGCUGACGCAUCGACGCGCGAACCCUACUUCUUGACCCACGUAUGCGACUCGAAUCCAACUCCACGUAGUGUAACUAAGCAGGUGGUCAAAGUCAAACAUCGCACCACGACGAGUUCAAUCCAGCAAGGCGCGACGUCGGACAACAAAAAAAGUGCCUUGUCGUCCUCUUACAUGCGCGGCAGCGGCGCGAGCUCCACUUCCAACACUUCGCUGCAACAUGCGACGACCGCCAGCAUGGGCGACGACAACGCUAAUGGUACCCGAAUGCGCAUGAGUGACCCAAGUUCCGGUUCGCAGAAGGACGAGGCGGACGAGCGCGGCAGCGGUACCAGCGACACCAGCCGUCCAGGCAAGGAUGCAUCUUCGGGAACGUUGCUG